GCGGAGCGGAGCGAUGCGAUGGGUCCGAGCGAGGCGGUGGUGCUGGGGCUGCUGCUGGGCGCCCUGGGCGCGGCGGUAUGCGGUGAGUGCUGCGGGACCGGGCUGCCCCCGGCACCGGGACCCGCGGCUCCUCGCUCCCCGACGCCGGGGCUGCGUCCGCGGGACCCCCACCCGCGGCUCACGGCUCCGACGCCGUCUGUCCCCGCAGGGUCGCACUCCCUGCACUACUUCCUGACCGGGAUGACGGAUCCCGGCCCCGGGAUGCCGCAGUUCGUGAUCGUCGGGUGCGUAGAUGGCGAACUCCUCUGGAACUACAACAGCCUGGGCCGGACGGUGCGGCCCAUCAUGGGCUGGCUGCCGCAAGAGGACCAGGAGCACUGGGAUGCAGAGACCCAGAAGGCCCGGGACAUUGAGCUGGAUUUCUACGAGUUCCUGGGCAGGCUGCAGGUGCACUACAAUAAAAGUGAAGGGUCUCACACACUGCAGAAGAUGAUCGGCUGUGACAUCCUGGAGGACGGCAACAUCCGAGGGUACGUUCAGUAUGGAUUUGAUGGGAGGGACUACAUUGCCUUUGAUAUGGACACGAUGACGUUCACCGCAGCCGAUGCGGUGGCAGAAAUCACCAAGAGGAGAUGGGAGCAGGAAGGGACGUAUGCUGAGGGAUGCAAGCAUGAGCUGGGGACUGUCUGUGUUCAGAACUUGAGGAAAUACCUUGAGCACGGGAAGGCAGCGCUGAAAAGGAGAGAACGGCCUGAGGUGCGCGUGUGGGGGAAGGAAGCCAACGGGAUCCUGACCUUGUUCUGCUGCGCUUAUGGCUUCUACCCACGGCCCAUCGCCAUCAGCUGGAUGAAGGACGGCAUGGUCCGGCACCAGGAGACCCACUGGGGGGGCAUGGUGCCCAACAGUGAUGGCACCUACCACGCCUCAGCGGCCAUUGAUGUGCUGCCGGAGGAUGGGGACAAGUACCGGUGCCGCGUGGAGCACACCAGCCUGCCCCAGCCUUGUCUCUUCUCAUGGGAGCCUCAGCCCAACCUGAUCCCCAUUGUGGCCGGGGUGGUCGUCACCACUGUGGCUGUAAUUGCUUCUGUCAUUGGAUUGGUGGUGUGGAAGAGCAAGUCAGGUAAAGGCCCUGACCUCCUUAGGAUCGGCCCUGACAUGAGCCCAAUGCUGACUCUUAUUCUGUCUGCAGGGAAGGAGAAGAAGAAGGGUUACGAAGCACCAGCAGGCCACGACGGAGAAUCCAGCGGCUCGGCCACAACUUUAGUAUGAAAGCAGGGCUCAGGAGGGGUCCCUGCGGUUGGAGCGGUCCCAGUUCCCUGCACUCCCCCGUUGGGCCCAUAGCUGGGACAAUACUGGGCCAACCCUCCCUGGAGAACACCCAGGGUGGUGAGUUGGGACGGGGACGUGGUCCCAUAUGACACCACCUCUUCACACCCGCACAGGAAGUGAACUUCCCUUCUGAGUGCUGUGUUACUUCAGCCAGCCCUGCAUGCACGUGUUUGGAGUUUGUGGGUGUGUGUAUCUGUGUUUGCUCAACUUCCUGCAUCUCCUCGGGCUGAUGCAGUGUGUGCUCCCCUGCUCACACACUGUUUCCAACAGUUAGCACAUGGGUUCUGCCCUGUGCUAGGCGCUCUCCUACCAUGUAGGAUUAUCUUACCCGGUGCCUGUGCCAACUGUACUCAAGUCGGAAUGCCCCAGUCUCAACUUUGUUCAGCAGCUUUCUUUGUGAAAAGCAGCUCUCAGCGCUGUGCUCAUGGCAGUCAGCCAUUAGCUUCAAAACCUUGUUGGGCAGCUCAUGCCUUGGAUGGGUGCUGCUGACCAGGCUUUGAGCCAAGCUGGCAUGGUUUUGUAAUUUUGCCAUUGGUAUUCCACAUCAUAGCAUCAUGGACAGCCCGGGUAAUUACAGGGUUAAUAGUCCGGUUCUGUGGACUGACAACGAUCCAGAUACCUGCUUCUCAAAAGAGAAGAAAAACUGCGUAUCCCAGAGGACCUCACGGUCAGUGAGGGAAGAUACGGCACUGAAAUCACGGGAUAUGAGUUGCGUGAUCAGGCUCACACUCUCUCUCCGGCAGCCACGCAGAGUGCUGGGUGUGCUUCCGAGCUGUGCGCCUUCAUUCAAGCAGAGCUUUCGGUUUUGGAAGCUGUCUCUUAUUUUAAAUGAUUUAUAACCCGUACUUUCAAUUUGAUUGUAUUAUAUUGUGUUAUCUUGCAUUCCAAUAUCACGGUUAGUAAAAUAAGUUUUCCACCUUA